AUGGCUCCGCCGUCUACUCUCGAUUUGGUUGACAUUUUAGCUUAUAUUGGAGAACACAAUGAUGAACGCGAGGCACCACAUCGCCGACGCUGUCUUGUGGAAGGCGAGGCUGUGCUGAAUGCUAAACAUCUGAUGUGUUGCGGUAUUGUGUCCCGCGACGACGCUGGUGUUAAAUUAUUCGCACUAAGCGUGCAGACAAGCCAGGUCAAAGCGAAACCUCAUACAAUCGACGUCAACCUUUCGGAAAAAAUAAAUGCAAAAUGCUCUUGUAAGGCAGGCCUUUCAGGUACCUGCAAGCAUGCUGUGGCUGCAUUGCUGUUCAUCAACAGGACUGGUAUCGAUAACUUAGAGGAGCUGUCCUCGACAGAUUUGACGCAGUGCUGGGGAAGGCAUCACACUGCUAAGCUCUACGAGCCCAGGAAGCUUUCCGAACUCUGCCAUGUGAAACAUCAGAAGCAACCUUCCCUUCCCAAUGAUCUGCUAGAGGAAGUACGACUUGAACUAAUCAAUGCAGCACCCCAGUCGGCUUUAGCACUUCAUAUUAGGGGAAGAGCUACCGAAAAUUGUCAAACUGCACCAGUCAUCACUGACCAGAAAAUGAUUGAUUUGUACGACCAUAUCACACCCUGCUCUGGAGUGGUAGACUACAUGGAGAUGAAAUGUUUCUACAAAGUAACAGUGUCAGAUUCAAAAAUACGGUUAGUUGCAUUCUCAAUGGACUCUCUGACUCCUGAGCAAAGACUAUUCUUUGAUACUCAUAUUGCAGUCACGAAGCAAGCAGCUAUACAGCUGUGUCAAGUCACGGUGCUCCAAAAUAACACACGCUGGCUUGUCGAAAGAAGGUUUCGCAUAACGGGGAGCAUCUGCCGUGGGCUGUUCACAUUCGAGCCGUUGGAUGAGGCAGAGUGGGAAUUUAAGAUAGAAAAUCUUUUAUCAGGUCGUAAAUUUAAAGGUAACAAGGCGACAGCCUAUGGGAAGGCGUCGGAGCCUGCAGCACUCGAGAUGUAUGAAGCGAGGACAGGCAAUGCACCAGAAAGGUUUGGCCUUGUUGUGAACCCUAGCAUACCAUGGCUCGGUUACAGCCCGGAUGGAAUUGUAAUGAAGGAUGGCACUCCUCUCAUUUUAAUCGAAAUCAAGAGCCCUACUCGUGGUAAAACAGUAUCCAUCAGGAGGCUCGUCAAAAAGAAAAAGAUCCCCUACCUCGUCAUGAGGGGCAAGAAGCUUGCGCUGAAGGAGAAUCAUUCGUAUUACUCGCAGUGCCAGCUGGGUCUCCUGCUAUUGAACCUUGAGGUGUGUGACCUAAUUGUCUUUUCAAAGGUGCGGUCAGCUGUAAUUCGAAUAGAACGAAAUGAAAGCCACAUUACAAAUCUCGUGAGAAAGCUACAUUACGUGUAUUUCAAGCACAUGCUGCCUAGACUGUGUGAGAUGAAUGACAGACACUAA